AUGGUGGGUUAUACCGUGCCUCCUGUGGCUGUCGCUCGGCUGCCCGUGGCCCUGCCCGGGAGAUUGUAUGGGAAAGUCGAGGCCUUGGGGCGGGCGCCGUCUAUGAUGUUGAUCGAUCCCUGGUGGCUUGCUGAAUAUCAAGCCCAGGUUAUCUCGGUGAGGUGCAGUCACCAUCGGGUUUUGAACCACGCUGGGGACAAGGAGGGCGGCAGAAGCGCGGGAUUUGCAAAAGAUGCUGUCAUGAUGAUAUCAGCGAAGCUCCACAAGUAAUAUGCGAGUUCGACUAAUAUAUAAUCCGAACAAUUUCUCUGCAAGUUGAGCAGGGGGACUGGACGUUAAAGAUACGAUACGAGAGCAUUUUGCGCGAAGACGAUAUGAAUCCGAUACGAACAGCUUCUGAGGCAGAAUAGAAUGCUGAAUGUUAUUGCUCAACCAGGACCGUUGAUUGUGGA